GUUUAGUAGACAUAGGGAGGGAGGGUUGGUUAGUGAUACUUGUAGAUCAAGUGACCUUUCUGAUCAUCCUUAAAGCUUAUCACUUCAUUUCGUUACGUUUCAGCGCAAUCGUCGUCAGUGAACGUUAUCAGUUCGAGUUGGAUGUUAUCAAUUUGCGAUUUUCCUUCCUCUAACCUUAUUAUUAUUAGUUAGAGGACGUAAAUGGUUCCACGAUUACAAUGCCUCAUUUGUUUGGAUAUGCUUCCUCUUAAUGAAAGUGCAGCCGUACGCUGUGGCCAUGUGUUCCAUCUACACUGCAUCUUACAAUGGUUUGAGAAUUGUAAAACAUGUCCGGUUUGCCGAAAGAAAGCUACAACAAGAGAUCUCAUUCGACAAUUGUUUUUUCAAAUGGAUGAAAAUAAGAGCUUCAAUUCCAGUAGCACUAAUCCAUUGGAAAUGCAUAAUCAACUUCAAAAUGCUUUGGAUAACCUCGAGAAGGAAAAACAGGCUGCCGCCAAAGCCAAGGAUGAAGCUAAUAUUUGUUUAGCUGCAAAUCUUUUAUUGAAAGAAAAGGUGACAAAUUUGGAGUCGGCUUCUCGACUUAAUGUGCAACAAAUCAAACAUUUGGAAGGCAUACUUACAGAACAGCUAGACAUGGAGAAAGAGCUGCAGAAGUAUAAGAAACGAUUGCAAGCUGCUGCAUUUUAUAAACUGCUCAGUAAUAUGAAAGAUGAACCUAUUUUGGAGAUUGAUAAAUAUAUCACCGGUGAAGGAUUAGAAGUGAAGAGAUUCAUUGCCCUGCUGAGGAGGCAGUUGAAAGAUGCAAUGAAAACAAUGGAAAACCAAAAAGAAGAACUUCAAGAUAGCCGGAAGAAAAUCAGUGAGCUACAGAAAAAACUAAGUGAACAUAAAAGCCUCAAUGUAGCAUUGAAAAAAGAACUUGCUUCAGCUCGAUUAGAUCCUUCACAGACAAUUAUGAAUGGAGCGCUCGAAGAAGUUAUUGCUUUUAGUCCAAAGCAGCAUUCGCUUUCACCACUUGACGUAGAUGACCGCAAAAUGUUCCCAACUUCACUCAUAGCUUCGGCAUAUAGAAGUACUUUCGGAAAUAAUGUUUUGGUGGAGAAAGUACAAGGAACGACACCAGUUCGAAGCAGUUUGAUGAGAAAAGCCGCGAAAAGUGAUUCACAAACAGACAUUGAAAAUGAUAUGGAAGAAGUUUUUGUACCUCCCAUUAUUCGAAAAUGUGCUACUACAACACCAUCUCAUGGAAUUUUACAUAAAACCCUUACUGCAAAGCGUAAUCAAGUGAUAAGAAAUAGGGAAUCUUUGACGAAGAAAAGUUCUUGUGUCCAGCACCGUAAAAAAAAAGAAACUCGAUGUUCAGGAUAUCAUGAUUUGAAAAAUGUUACUAUUACCAUAGAUUGAAUUACUGAUAGAAGUUAUGAUGCAC